AUGUCACGAAGCUUCCUAGUGGACUCUUUAAUCGGCAACAACUCGCCACCUUCGUACCCGCUGCCGUAUUAUGGAAAUCAGCUGCCUAAUUACAUGUUUAAUUUCUUUAAUCUUGGAUUGGGCUACCAGCCGAUUAGACCGGUGCCUAGACCACCUACCAUGCCCGUGCCGAUCAGCCCAUCGACGCUAACCGUCUUACCGAUACCUGGACAGAGCCCCCCGUCGCCUUUAAACACCUCAACAAGUAGAUUAUCAGAUGUUUCAGCACCCAACGAGUCUCCGUCCCGCAACAGUACUCCGACGCCUCCGCCAAAGUCCCCGAGCUCCAACAGCUCGAAACGCAUUCGAACUGCGUUUACCAGCACUCAGCUGUUGGAGUUAGAGCGGGAGUUCGCAUCGAACAUGUAUUUAUCGCGAUUGCGUCGCAUCGAAAUCGCAACCAAUCUCCGAUUGUCAGAGAAGCAGGUCAAGAUUUGGUUCCAAAAUCGCCGAGUAAAGUACAAGAAGGAGGAUCUACCUUCUGGCCAAAAUCAGAAGUGUUGCUGUCUGAGAACCUGCAGUAAACGAAAAGACAGCUGUGGAGAGGAAUCGCCCGGCCGCAAGUGCGACCAGGAAGAAGACGAAAAGAAGUCCCCAAAGAGCAGCGAUAGCGGCAAAUCUGGUCGUGGAUUCGCCGAGACUGAACGCCUCGAGCAAUCGAUCGCGAACGAAGACGCCCGUUUUGAGGAGAAGUUCGACUUCUCGAGAAUAAACUCUAUGCAGAAUCAGACAGUCGGAUACGAAGUGCGGGAUCUCUCUCGAGGUUGCAAGAGAAGUCUGACGGAAGCGGAUGAAGGAAACAGCAAGAGGAGAAAGAUGGAGACGACGGCAGAUUAUCAGACUCCGAAUCCGGAGGCGAUUAUAACUCCGGUAUUCAGAAAUAUAAGAUGCACGAAGCAUACCGUUGAGAGAAUCGUUAACUCGUAG